CUUUGCUCUAUGGCUCCGUGGCAGGUUAUGGCUGACAUAUGUUGUACGUGUCACCGGUACUUGCCACGCGUGUACGAGAGACUUUCAAACGAUCUCUGUUUUCUAAGUAACGCACGCAGAAGUCAACGAACAUGACUGCGUUUACGAUACUGCACAAGUUUUGGUUGGAAUACACAAAAAAUACGCCCAAGAAACUCAAGAUUAUCGAUGCGUACCUGCUGUACGUGUUCCUGACGGGUGUCACCCAGUUCGUGUAUUGUUGUCUCGUCGGCACGUUCCCGUUCAACAGUUUUCUCAGCGGUUUCAUAUCCUGCGUGUCUUGCUUCAUUCUAGGAGUUUGCCUCCGAUUACAAGUUAACCCACAGAAUAAGAGUCAAUUUCAUGGUAUAAGCCCGGAAAGAGGAUUUGCAGACUUCAUUUUUGCACAUAUUAUCCUGCACAUUGUCAUAAUGAAUUUCAUUGGAUAAUAUACACAAUUGUGAUCGUGCAAUUACAAUUACAGAUCAACGUUACGUAUCCACUUAGAGAAUAAAUUAAUUCCGAUGUAUAAUAUGUUUUUGUACUUGUGAAUACAAUUCAUAAUCGUUGAAUAAAAUUAAUGAAAUUAACAA